AGUCCUCCCGCGAGAGAGAGUUGUUUCGCAAUCACUUGCAACAGCAGCAGCAGCAGCAAGUCAGUUUUUGUCGCGCCGAGUGUCGAAAAAAUAGAAAAUUAAAACCAAUUUUUGGCCCGCGUGUGCGUGAGUGUGUGCGCGUCGUGGAAAAACCUCGCUGGAGAUCGUGUCCGCGGAAUUUCUCGGCCACCGAUCGGUGUUGUGAUCCGAACGAAAACCUGAUUUUUUGAGCUCCCUCUUACUCUUUCUCUUUGCCAAUCGCGCUGGGAGAGGAGAGCGUGACGCGUGUGAGUGAGAGCGGUGUGGGGUGAAGUGAAGUUUGUGAAUGGAGUGGGUUGAGGGGGGACGUGCACGAGCAGGCGAUUCUCUUUAAAGAAAACGCUGCUGGAGCUGCGAGCCUUGAUAAUGGAACAACACCUGUACUGAGGCAGCAGCACCGGAGAGCGAGAGAGAGAGCCGCUCGCGCUCUCGCGAGCCCACUCUGAGCUGAUAAUCUGGUGGUGGUGCUGCGCGCGCGCUACCCGAAUAUCUUCAAGAUCCUCCCUGUGCGGACCUGUACGACUGGAAAUCGCCGUAGCUCUGGCCUGGCCUGGCUUUCUGCUUUUCGGGGGGGUUUCGACCGUAAUGCUGCCGACCGAUCGGCUCACAAUUAUUUUGACUAUGGCGUGUUUAAGUUCGUCGAAUCGGGUGUGCGCCCGCGUCGUGCAGGAAAAACUGUGUCAGUUCGUGGCCGUUGGCAAAAAUCAGCCCCUGGUGGCCGCUAGCGGAAGUAACGCUGGCGGAUCUGGUGGUGGCGGAAUCGGUUCCGGAACUGGAAGCAAUGGGAAGCAAACGGUGGGCGGUAAUCGCCAGUGUGUCGGAAUCGCCGGAAGUGCCGCCGUGGGCCAGCAGAAGAAAUCCGGCCACUAUCCGUUGUUUACAUCCGGGAGUGGCAGUGGCAACUUUGUGCGCGGAAUCGGUAACAACAGCUUCGGUGUAGUGGAAUCGUUCAAGUACGGACCCUCGGCGGCGGCGGCAGGACUCGGUCUCGGAAUCGGAAGUGUGCGCAACUUCUACAGCUCCUCGCUGGUGCGCAACCUCUUCCAGAAGAAUCAGCCAUCCAGCACAGCACAGAUCCUUCCACCGGUGACACAUCCCUGCAUGCGAGGGUACAGCUCCGUCCACACACAGCAACCCGCCGGCCCGAUCCGGGAGUACAACAUCGACCCGUACAUCCUGCUGGACGAGGAGCUCAAAUACAUCUUCGAAGACAUCAGAGCAGAAAUCAACCGUGCCACCCACCACCAAGAGCUGAAAAAGAUAGCCGUGUACUACUUCGACGGACAGGGCAAAGCGAUCCGGCCGAUGGUCGCCAUGCUGAUGGCCAAGGCCCUCAACUACCACAUGCACAACGAGACCAGCAACGUAGUGCACGCACAGCGACAAAUAGCCAUGAUUUCGGAAAUGAUCCACACCGCCAGCCUGGUCCACGACGACGUCAUCGAUCAGUCGUUCGCGCGGCGGGGUAAACCCAGCGUCAACGUCAUAUGGAAUCAUAAAAAGGUCACACAAGCCGGCGAUUAUGUCCUUGCGAUUGCAUCGAUGCUGUUGGCCCGCCUUAAACACGACGAAGUCACACAUAUCCUCAGUCAGGUACUCACAGACUUGGUGCAGGGUGAGUUCAUGCAGCUAGGCUCCAAGGAAACGGAAAACGAACGAUUCGCUCACUACUUCACCAAGACGUACCGGAAAACGGCAUCCCUCAUAGCGAAUAGUUUGAAGGCGGUGGCGGUCCUGUCCGGCGCGGACGAACAGAUGGUCGAGCUGAGCUUCCAGUACGGGCGCAACCUCGGGCUGGCGUUCCAGUUUGUGGACGACCUGCUCGACUUUGUGUCCAGCUCGGAGGCGAUGGGCAAGCCGGCCGCGGCCGACCUGAAGCUGGGCCUGGCCACCGCGCCGGUGCUGUUUGCGUGCGAAAAGUUCCCCGAGCUGAACCCGAUGAUCCUGCGCCGCUUCCGCGAGCCCGGCGACGUCGAGCGGGCGUACGAGCUGGUGCACAAGUCCCAGGGUCUGGAGCAGACGCGCUUCCUCGCGCGCAAGCACUGCAUCGAGGCGCUCCGGCUAGCGUCCCAAAUCAGCGAAUCGCCGUAUCAAAAGGGUUUGAUAGUGGUCGGCGACUUUGUGCUGAACCGAAUGAAAUAGUAGUGGCCGCGGUGACUAUUUCGAGCAGAAUUCGAGAGAAAAGAAAACGAGAACGAGAUCGUGUGCGUGCGUUAGCGUUUGUGUGUGUGUGUGUGGGGAGAGUGAAAGUUUUAUAUUAGAUUUAUAAAUAUAUUCAAUUUAACGCGUGUGCAUGAAGAAGAAGAAAAAUACAAGUUUAGCAUUAAUUUAGCCAGGUUUUGGGGACACGAAAGCAAAUGGGCCGCGGCUGCGGCUCGGGUUUUGUUGCUUGCGAGUGUGAGCUUGAGCGCGGGGAAAAAAGUGCCUGGUUUUGCUUAACCUUUUUUUCUUUUGUUUGUGGGGUGUUUUAAAACUAUCCGAGCGUUUGUGUGUGCGAUAUUAGAGUGAUUGGGUGAGAAAUCAGUGCGGGUUUAUUAUAUAUGUUAACAUUUUUUUGUAUAGAAAAAAAAGAAGAAAACACAAUCUCCAGCCGCGGCAGACGUGCGCGCUGGAAGUCAGUAACUUUAUUUAGCGUGUGCAGAGAGAGAGAAAAAAAACAAUCUUAAAUUUAGUGUGAAUUCUAUUCAAAGCGGAAAAAACAACAACAGCAAUCUACAACACGAACCGACAUAGCUGCAACUUUCAAUAUACUCUCGUACGAAGUGCAAUGUCAACCCUCGUUGACUCAUUUUAUUUUAUUUUUUUGUUUCUUUAUUUUUCACUUAUUUUAUGUACAGAGUAGUGGCGCGAUUAGUGUGUACGGUUUAGCGUUUCAAGCAACGAAAAAAAGACAUUAUUCUUAGUGCAGAAAGUGCGCGUGCGAGGCGUGUUUGUGUGCGUAAAGUUGGUUUAGGGUAAAGUUUUUUCCCCCCUGUUUUUGUCGUCCAACUCCAUUUCCCUCCAUCCACACCUUAAGAUUUCAGUCCGUUCCCAGUGGAAAAUAGUCAUUUUAAUCUGUUCAGUUUUGUUCCUUUAGUCUUGCUUAGUUUUUUCGGGAAAUGUCCCAGUUGAAAGUAUGACCAAUUUCAGAGUUUAAUUUUCCAGAAUGAGAUAUCACUAAAUCUACAUUUUUCUUCAACAUAUCUUUAGAUGAAUUUGGGCAGUUUGCAAGGAGUUUGAACUGUUUUUUGGUGUAUUUGUUCUGUUUCAGAAAUAAAUCAAAAGGUUUCGUAAUUUUUUUCUAGUUUUUUGUUUUUCAAGCAGUUUAAAAACUACGCGAAACUGCUCGAAAGCUGAUCACAAAUUUGAAAACAUUUCUGAAAAUAAUCUGAACAAAUAUUCAAUAUUCAAACAACUGAAAAUGUUUGUAAAAAGCCUAACCUAUUGAAAAAUAACUUGAAUUUGCCAUUUUUGUUUUUCGGCCUUCAAGGUCUUAAGAUUAUUGCUAAAAACUUUCAGAACUUUGCUGAAUUAAAACAAAGUUUGAUUUUAAAAUAUUUAGAGCAGUGUUCUAUUUCAACUGUUUGAAACUGCUCGAAAACUGUUCAAAAUUAUUUCAAAAGUGCAGUUUUUGUUCUUAUUUGUUCUCAAGCAGUUAAAACAAUCCAAAAAUGCUCGAAAUAAUAACUCCAUAAACACUACAAAAACACUUUUUGCUAUGACCUUAAAAAAUUGAAGCGAAUUUAACUGAGAACAGAACUUUUCCAUUCGAGCAGUUUUUGCUUUUAUUUAUACAAGGUAUUUAUCAUUGAAGAAGGGUCGUUUCGACCACCACAAAUAUUCGAAUGUUGAAAAAAUCAAAAAUGGAUGUGCUCCAUUACAUAAACAAUGGAGCACCCGCCGUCGAGCAGAUUUUGCCUUUUUCGACAAUGUAUUUCUUAUGGAGCGAACUGUCAAAAACUGCUCAACUGCGGGUGCUCCAUUAUAAUGUUUGAAAAAAGAUUCGAGCAGUGCUCAUUGAAUUGGAGCACCCGCGGUCGAGCAGUUUUUAACAGUUCGCUCGAAAUACAUUGUAGAAAAAAGCAAAAACUGCUCGAAUGGAAGUGCUUCAUUUAAGUUUUAUCAGUUUGAACCAUUCAAAACGAUUUUUCUUGUCUUUUCAAACAUUAGUAGUGCUCAAUUGCAUUAAAAUGCAUUGAAACAUCACAAACAUUUAAGUGGCCAGGCCUACUGCGUAAAGUUUACUGCAGAGAGGAUUCACUGAAUUUGAAUUUGAGCAAAAUAUGACAGUUUGAAAGCUGAAAAUAGGUGAUAAAACUGUUCGAAUUUGAAGUUAGCUGCUUUACAGCUAUGAGUUCUAAGUUAUUUAAAAAAAACAGAACCAUAAAAAAACUGCUCGAAAUUUAAGAAACUUUGAAAUCGGGCUCAAAAGUCAUUUUUAAAGGUUGCAACUACUCGAAAACAGUUACUCAUACUGUCCGUUGGCUGUUCAACCUUCCUCAAACUCUUUUCCUAAAAGAAUUUCGUUCAGCAAUAAUUAAAAUUCAGCAAUAUUUGUCAGUCAAAUGUCAUUUGAAAGUUACAAGUAAUCUUUUUGUUGAAACAGUUUGCAACUUGUUUAGUUUUAAUUCAAUUUCAGCUAAAUUAAAAGGAUUUUUCAAGCUUCUUGAGAUUUAUUUGCUGUGGAAAAUUAAAUUCCUAAAAUUGUCACACAACUUCCCAGUUCCCUCUUCUAGUUUAAUGUUAAAUUAAGCAGAUUUCCCCGUUUUUUUAAUCACCACCACACCAGUCAACCACCCCAUUAAAAAUCAUAAUUUGUAGACAUUUUACCGAUCGCGUUAAAUGUUAGCACAAAUGCGCGCGCUGCCUCGGUGUUUCGAACCUUACACACACACUCACACGGACACAAAAUGCGAUAGAAGAAGGACACAUCACACAGUAAGCACUGCCAUUUAGUUAAAAAAAAAAGUUUUUCGGAACCUAGAAAAAGCAACAAAAAAACACACUUUUUUAUUGGAAGGUAAAAAAUAAUGUUGUAGCGAGACGUAAUAGUUAGGAACAAUAUAUGGAAAAGAAAAACACAGCCUUAGUAGGGUAAGGAGAAACGAAAUAAAUAAAAAAUGUAAAUAAAAAUCUAGUUAAGGCGAGAGAGAGAGAGAGAGUGGAAAAUAAUAAUCGUUGAAGCGAGCGAACAAAGAAGGCGCUGAAAAGAAGCCUGGAGAAAACGAGUGAGAGUGUUUGAGUGUAUAGCUCAUAAGUGUCAAACGUAGUAGGCCAAUAAGUGACCACUAGCUGCUCAAUUAUUGUUUAAACUUGAAAAAGGAGAGAAGGAAAAAAAAUCAAAAGUGUGUACCAGAUUAAAUUUAUAUCUACAAAAAAACUAUUAUCACAACAAACUAAUUGUCAAAGAAGCGAACGCAAACACGCAGUAAACCCCCCACUUUCCCAACAGUUUUCUCGUUGUCCCUACACACCCCCUGUUUGUACAUAUUAGCUCUAAUGUAAACCCUCCUCCUCCUCUUAAGACAAGAAGAAGAAAACAACGUACAGCUUAGUAUAACUCAUCCACACCAUUUUACGCGCACUUUGUUUGCACUUGUUACGUUCGUGGUUGUAUUUCCCUGUAUCUGUUUUCCUCUCUUUUUUCACACACACACAUACUUGAAAGUAAUUUUUAAUUUUAACUCCUUUAUUUCCUCCCUUUCUAUUUAAUUUAAAUCAAAACUCUGUAAAUUAACCCUACUCUGAAGGCGAAAAUCGGCGCUUCCCAGCCUACCUUGUUCUUGCUAGUAUACUCAGAAAGCUUAGUAGGCUAAGCCAAGGUUUAAGGAGCGCACACAGCUGUCGAGUGUUCGCCAAAAAGCAUGGAAGCAAAGCUUAAAAAAUACGAAAUCCCCCCCUUUUUACGUUUAAUGGUCACUUCACCCGGAAGUUACCAACGGAGAGCCAACACCCGAAAGAGAGAAAACAAUCGCUGGAAACAAAAUGAGAAGCUGUGUAUAUAAUUUCAACGAGUGUUUUUUUUUUCGUUAAUCAUGAAAUCAAGAAAAUGGGGACACUAGUUAAAAAAUGAACAAUGAUUUUUGAUAGGUUGAAAAGUGAAAAACACGCGGCCUAAAAAUUCGAAGGCCAGAUCGAAGUAACCACGGGCUUCCCCCCUUCCCUGAGAAAAUAAAAAGUUGAGUUUGUAAAUGAAGAAUGAGUUUAAUCAAGUUAUCCGCGCGCAAAGAAGGACAACACAAAUAAUAGUUAAAGAAACACACACACCCCUCCUCAAAACAGACACACGUAUGCUCGUGGAUGAAAACGAAGAACCUGAUUAUUUUGAAAAGAAGAAAAAGAAAAAAAAGGAAAAGUUAAUUACACACAAACACACAAGAGAAACAGAUGUAUAUUGUCAUAUUUUACACAAUCUUUACAAGAAUGUUUUUGAUAUGUAAUGAGUAAAAUGAAAAGAAAUAAAUGAGACUAAUCUAUCAACAAAA